CAAAUCCUAAAAAGGAGACACUGAGAUUUUUAAUGUUAUUUGGUCCUCACUGCAUUCUAUUUUCGUUCGUUGUGCCAGUAUCUCCUGAACUCUUGUGAGCAUAUAAGCCAAAAAUUCUCAGGCAAAAAAUAUAAAAAAACAAGAAAAACAUAGAAAGAGAAAAGAGGAAGAGAGGGGGAGAAUGGUGAUUUGGGUUUUCUUUUGCUGCAUUUGGGUUUGGAUUGCGAGCUCUGCUAAUGGCGCUGCGGUCCCAUCUGAUGUAUCGGCCCUCAAUGUUUUGUAUACCUGCUUGAAUUCACCACCACAACUAACUGGUUGGACCUCAAAUGGUGGCGACCCCUGUGACCAAUCGUCGGAAAAGGAAUUACAUGCUCAGGUUCAGCAGUUACCAGAAUCAAAUUACCAGGUCUUGAACUUAGUGGGUCAUUAGGUUACAUGCUGCCCAGCAUGACCUCAUUGAUUGAGCUUGACUUGAGCAAUAACAAUCUUGGAGGGGGGAGCGAAAUGCCAUAUAACCUUCCUCCAAAUCUGCAGAGCCUAAAUCUUGCUGGAAAUGCAUUCGGACAAGGCAUUCCUUACUCAAUCUCGCUGAUGGUUUCUCUUAAAUACUUAAAUCUCAAUCAUAAUCAACUCCAGGGCGAUCUGAAUGAUAUUUUUGCAAAGCUUACCAAUCUCUCCACAUUGGACCUCUCUUUCAAUUCUCUUACAGGUGACCUUCCAGAAAGUUUUGGCAAUCUUUCAAGUUUGACAAAACUAUAUUUGCAAAACAACCAAUUUACGGGUACCAUAAAUUGCCUUGCCAACCUCCCUCUUGAGGAUUUGAAUGUUGCAAAUAACCAUUUCUCCGGAUGGAUUCCUGACCAGUUAAAAGGGAUACAUAACCUUCAGACUGAUGGUAACUCAUGGAGCUCAGGACCUUCACCUCCACCACCACCUGGUGCACCUCCAUCAAAUCGACGAACAAGCCCUGGUCAUAGAUCUGGUGGUAUCAGUAAAAGACCGGCUAAUGAUGACAGCAAUGAGAAGAAAACUUCUGGUAUUGGUGCUGGAGGUAUAGCAGGAAUUAUUAUUUCCAUAUUGUUUGUUGGUGCAAUAAUUGCUUUCCUCCUUGUAAGAAAAAAGCACUUAAGAACUCCUGCGAAUGGAAAAAAGCUAGAGCACAGCGACUCUGCGACAAAUCCAGCUUCAAAUAUAUUUAAAGAAAUGAAGCCCAUCCAGUUUUCUCCUGCUAAUAACUUGGGUACAUUUCAAUCAUCUGCUCCUACUACUCUCAAACCUCCCCCUGCUGACCAACAAAAAUCUAUUGAUUACAACGAGCACAAGCCUGCAGUCAAGAAACCUAAUGCACCUGUCAUAAAAGCAACUUUCUACUCAGUAGCAGAUCUUCAAAUGGCUACUGAUAGCUUCAGCAUUGACAGUUAUGUGGGUGAAGGGUCUAUUGGGCGUGUUUAUAGAGCAAAUUUCAACGAUGGAAAGGUACUAGCUGUGAAGAAAAUAAAUUUGUUUGGCAUGCCAAACCAAUCAACAGAGAACUUUAUCGAAGUGGUUUCAAAUAUCUCACAUUUGCACCAUCCAAACAUAAGCGAGCUAGUUGGCUAUUGCUCUGAGCAUGGUCAACACUUACUGGCCUAUGAGUUUCACAAGAAUGGCUCGCUGCAUGAUCUCCUCCACCUCAUGGAUGAAUAUAGCAAACCAUUGGUUUGGAAUGCACGUGUCAAAAUUGCUCUUGGCAGUGCACGGGCACUUGAGUAUCUACAUGAAGUUUGCUCACCAUCUAUAGUUCACAAGAACUUCAAAUCAUCCAACAUUUUGCUUGAUGUCGAGUUUAAUCCUCACCUUUCUGAAUGUGGAUUGGCAAGCUUUGUCCCAGAUUUGGAUUAUCAGGCCUUGGAUAACAACAUGGGCUCCGGAUACACAGCACCUGAGGUUGCUAUGUCCGGUCAGUAUACUCUCAAGAGCGAUGUUUACAGCUUUGGGGUUGUCAUGCUCGAGCUUUUAACUGGAAGAAAGCCUUUUGACAGCUCAAGACCAAGAUCAGAGCAGUCUUUGGUUCGAUGGGCAUUUCCACAACUGCAUGAUAUUGAUGCACUAGAUAAGAUGGUUGACCCUGCCUUGGAGGGACUGUAUCCUGCUAAAGCACUUUCGAGGUUUGCUGAUGUCAUUGCUCUUUGUGUUCAGGUGGAGCCGGAAUUCAGGCCGCCCAUGUCGGAAGUUGUGCAAGCAUUAGUACGAUUACUACAACGUGCACACAUGAGCAAGAGAACACGCAGUAUAGAUAAACUGGAGGCUGCUCGAAGAACUGAUGACUCAGACUCGCAAGACUUUGUGCCAUGAGUCAUGACUGACUCAUGACUAAGCUCGUCAUUGAGGAUCUUGGCAUUUGAUAACAUUCGCUCAGACUAACGGGUAUAUAGUGGUCAUCAGUGUGUUCGAUUUUGCUGCUUAAUAUGACACACCGAUGUUGAAACUAUAGACGUGUUCAUUCCAAACAGAAAGAAACUAUAUUAUUAAAUUUAAGGAGAAGAUUAUAAUGGAUCAAGGUUAUCUUUGCUUA